CACAGUCGAGUAGUCGCAUUGUCGAGCCCUGGCCAUGGACACACUGAGAGCUCUGGGGCCGUUGCAUCGCGUCUGUCAGGUGUGCAACCUCUGGCAGUGGCGCCUGGACAAGGAAAGCGGACUCCUGCGUCGCUCGCGCUGGCUGGAGCUCUACGGCUGGACGGUGCUGGUGGCGGCCGGCAGCUACACGGCCUAUGGCCUGUUUAUGGAGAGCAGCGGCGGUGAGGAUUCAGUGGAUAUGGUGACUGCCGAGACGACCAUCAGCAGCAUUGGGCACACGGUGGACUUCAUCCAACUGGUGGGCAUACGGGUGGCGCACAUGGCCGCGCUGCUGGAGGCUUUGUGGCAGCGACAGGCGCAGUGCAAUUUCUAUGCAGAAUUGGUCGAGAUCGACCGGCAGCUGGCCAGGGACCUUCACAUGAAUGUCGACAGCAGACAGGUGCGCCGCCGCACCACCCACCGGGCCAUGUGGAUGCUGUGGGGCUAUGUGGCCAGCCAGACCCUGAUAUUGGUUUCGAAGCUACUGGCGCCGGGUUCGCGCCAGUUCCCGAUCUACUGGAUCCAGUACCUUCUGCCGAUGUUCGUGUGCGGCCUGCGGUACUUUCAGAUCUUUACCGCCGUGCAGAUCGUGGCCCAGCGCCUGGAACUGCUGCUCGAUGCCCUCCAAACGUUACAGCUACAGGAUGCGCAGGCGCAGGCGCAGCAGGCGGAGACGGUGGCUCCGGCGGCCUCAAUGGACCGCCUGGUGGCUGUGCGGCAGCUUUACCAGAGGGUUUGGUCGCUGGUGGCACUGCUUAACCGCAGCCACGGCCUCUCCAUACUGCUGCUGGUGGGCAAUGACUUCCUGGCCAUUACCUCCAACUGCUACUGGAUAUUCCUCAACUUUCGCCAGUCGGCGGCAUCGCCAUUUGACAUCCUUCAGAUCGUGGCCAGCGCCGUGUGGUCUGCGCCGCACCUUGGCAACGUUCUGGUUCUCUCCCUGAUCUGUGACCGAGCUGCGCAAUGUGCCACUCGCUUGGCCCUGAGCCUACACCAGGUCAGCGUGGAUCUGACAAACGAAUUGCACAAUGCCCUGAUCACCCAGUUCUCGCUGCAACUGCUCCACCAGAAGUUGUACUUCAGCGCCGCUGGGUUUUUCAACGUCGACAAUACACUCCUCUAUACGAUUGUGGGCGCCACAACCACAUACCUCAUUAUCCUGAUACAGUUCCACAUGAGCGAGUCCUCGAUGUCCAACGGAUCGAGUGGAGAUUGAGCUCUUUGCUGGGCAGACUCCCACUCUGGAAAUACAAAAUAUUUACCAAUACGUUGCA